GACACAAACAGACACCUCCCGCAUUGCGUCCCGUGCCCUUGGUACGAUCUAGAAAUGUGCUGAGUGGAAGACCUAGGAAGUGGAGGAGGAGCUCAUCUUCCCCUGCCAGGUCCCACUGUCCUUGAGAGAAAUAAAAAGGCCAGCACCUCGCUAUCGGCCGUAACGUGUUCCUCACCCCCUGCUAUCUUGACACCAGAGAGACAAGAACACACAGAGCCAUGCGCUCGCUUAAUCUCUUCCUCGUCAGCCUUUUAAUGCUCCCGUAUGCCUCCGGAGCAGGAGAUUGGUGUUAUGACUUUAUAUCACCGAAUUGCGGACCCGGCACAUGGUCAGGGAAACAUCCACAGUGCGCAGGGCGUAGUCAGUCUCCCAUUGAUAUUAUAACCAAAAAAGCUACGCCUGAUCCCAAAUUGACUGAUAUUACCUUUAAAGGCUACUUAGAUCCUGAUACAUCUUUGAAUUGGGCCCUAUUUAAUGAUGGUCACUCAGUUCAGCUGAUUUUAAACGGAUCCAUAACCAUCAGUGGUGGAAUGCUCCCCGGCACAUACAAGGCAGAUCAUUUGCACUUUCACUGGGGAACGGCAACUUCUCCUGGGUCAGAACAUACUAUAGAUGGGACACAGUAUCCGAUGGAGAUGCAUAUAGUCCAUCUGAAUCAAAACUACCGUAGCAAGGAAGAAGCUCUGAAGCAUCCAGAUGGUCUGGCUGUGGUGGCAUUCAUGUUUACUGAAUCUGAUAGUGAUGCAAAAGACUUCAAUUUCAUCCAAUAUCUGAAACAUGUUAAGAAUUACCAUGAUAAAUACACGAUUAAACCAUUUUCAUUGGAAAAUAUGAUUCCGAAUGAUUUAAGCAAGAAUAGAGUAUACUAUCGCUAUCAAGGCUCAUUAACUACUCCAACUUGUAAUCAAGCCGUAAUUUGGACUGUAUAUAAGGAACCCAUUCCUCUCAGCAAGGAUCAGCUCAAUGAAUUUCCUAAAACUCUUCACUACAAUGAUACAUCGCGCAUAGUUUCAAACUUCAGACCAAUUCAAAAUCUAAAUGGUCGUACGGUUUAUGUUUUCAAUUCAGGAUCUCUUUUAUUCCGCUUUAAUCUGUUGAUGUGUGUUAUUGGGAUCCGGGCACUUUUACUAUUUAACUGAGGGACGAACAGAUUGGAAUUCUGUGGCAUUUCCCCUCCUGCCUAAUGGAUUUAAAAGGAAAUUUCAGUAAUAAAACAUGCCAAACAUCACAGAAGAGCAACAAUUGACUUGCCUUUGGAAGGUUCCUGAAGGGAAAAUAUAUUCCUGAAGGAAAUAAAUACACCAAGACUAUCCUCUCUUCAAUGUAACUUACCAGCGCAGUUCCAAGACAAUUGGCACUCAUGUACUAGCUUGUUAUUUCCAGUGAAUGUGCAAAGUGGUAUACCAGAGGCUGUUUAAUCAGGAAAUCUUAUUGAAACACGUUUGUCUUCAAUCAACGGAUUGGCCUGUCAUUCAAACCAAGACAGCACUUUAAAUUGUCAUAAUAUAUUAAGUAAUUACAAGUGAAAGGAAAUGAAACCAUUGUUAAUUUUAAACGGUAUAACGAAAGAGCUAGUGAUUUCAUUCUGUUUCGGAAAUGGAAACCGACAGUCCCAUAGUUAUCACGAGUUACUUUCCCAAUUGAACCCUUUAUGAGGGAAGUACAAAAAACAAUAGUGGCGGUAGUGGAUCACGGGAUGGCGGUGAUGGGAAAAGCAUUUAGCUAACUGCCAGGAGGAUUUACUUACAGUAAAUAUCUGCUCAACUAUUGCAGAAAAGUGUCAGGGUGAUUUUAAUUGAGGACUUUACAUUGAAAGGCUUGGCCUUAAAGAAGAUGCAAUGGAACUGCAGGUGGGCAGAGGGAUGUUCAUUAUAUGGAGAGACUGGUACAGUUGGGAUUGAGUAACAGAGUGGAGAGAAGGACAUUUCUCUUUCAUGUGCUGAUCAACACUAGAGUGGUGGAAGCAAAGGGUGCUGGAUACGUACUUGAAAAGAUAUUAAAAAUGUCUUAGGAAAAUAAAAUCGAGGUGGUGUGGCUAAUUGGGGAUUUGGUUCAGAGAUCCGAUGCACUUGAAAUAGCUUUCUUCCAUGCUUUAGGUUUCAACUUUUUGAGAUUAGGGUUCUGAGGGAAUUUGGAAGCAGAAGCAACAAUAGAUGUUGGAAUCUGGAAGCAAAAUAUAAACUACUGGAAGGACAGGGCAGGUCAAUCAAGCAGCAUCUUUGGAGUCUAAUGGAGAGUCAACAUAUCAGAUUGAUACUCUGUAUUAAGACAGAGUGCAGAGGAAGAAUCCGCAGUCUAUAGCAGGGAGUGAGAAGGUAGAGACAAGGGCUGCUAGGGUACAGGGGGAACCGGGAAAGGUACAAUGAUGGGCAAAUGGAGGGGAAGAGGAUAGGAUAGCAAGGAAGUAGAAACUCUGAUGGUUAGGUAUGUGGGUGAUGAAUAGAUGGAAGCACUUCACCUGCAGAUACUGGUUUAAACCAAAGAUAGAUACAAAAUACUGGGGUGACUCAGCGGGACAAGCAGCAUCUCUGGAGAGAAGGAAUGGGUGACGUUUCAGGUCGAGACCCUUCGUCAUCCAUUCCUACUCUCUAGAGAUGCUGCCUGUCCGGCUGAGUUACUCCAGCAUUUUGUGUCAAUCUUCCACUGCUAUAUAUAUUGGCUAUCUCCCCUCCGCACUCUCAGUUUGAUGAAUGGUCUCAACCUGAACUGCCUACAAUAUCCCUAUGCCUUGGUAGAUGCUAUCUGUCCUGCUGAGUUCUUCCAGUUUUGUUCCUGACAAAUUUCUCUGGGAGAUGGGAACUGAAUUCAUUGUAGGGUGUUGGGGAUCCUGCUUUAUUCCUCCCUUCCCAAAAAACUACAUUGGAUAAUUAUCCCGCUCCUAUAAUUUUCGCAGCUAAUUUUAUUAAUGUGAAAACCUCAGCUGUAUUGCCAUUCAGGGUUCAAUUAGAAUUCCAGCCAGAAUCUGCUGCUGCCAUCAGAUACCGUAUGAAUCCGCUAUGAAGGAGUCCACUGGCCUGACAAUGUCAGAACCUUCUAAGGUUACACCAGAUUUUGACA